CCCUCGUCCCGGGUGAGCGGCGUCACAGCAGCGCUGUGUCAUUUCCACGGAUAAAUUACGGACUGUCAGAGCCGUCCCGUCCCCCGUGCUGUUCCCUGGCCAGGAUAAUGCAUGAGAACGACCGUUAGCGCGCCUCUUUCUGCUCGUGCACACCGAUGAGAACACCUGCUCUUUAAAAUUACUCGGUUUAAAAUCCAAACGGGAAUGAUCUUUCCGGGGGGAAACAUGACCCUCAUCUCGAUGACUUUGGCGGUGCUCGCCGUCGUCCUCAGCACUUCUCAGGUCAGUGGGAACGAGCAGUGUCUGUGGUAUGUGGAUAAAAAUGGCACCUGGCACAACGGCUUCGACUGCCCUCUCAUAACGUUCUGCUGUGGGAACUGCAACCGACGCUACUGCUGCCUGGACGCCUUCAAGAUGAUCACGGAGAGAGAGCAGAAACGCUGCAUGCUCUUCCAGUUCAGCCCCACCACUUUAGCUGGAAUUGCGUCUUCCAUCCUCCUCUUUGUGGCCAUCAUUGCGACCAUGGUCUGCUGCUUUAUGUGUUCUUGCUGUUACCUUUACCAGAGAAGGCAGCAGAGGGGCAGGACACCUUAUGAUGCUCAGCAGAUCCCCAUGGCCAGCUACCCGGUUGAGCCCAUGUACGAUGCUUAUGGUAAACCAAUUUGCCCCUCAGAGUAUCCACCCGUUGGCUACCCUAUGGCGCCCCAAUAUCCUGGCAUGCCUCCACAGUACCCAGUGAUGCAGCCGGGACCGUACGUACCACGCCCGAUGGAUCCUGCAUACAGCCAGGCCCCACCACCGUACUCUCCACCUCAGUAUCCUGGUCACUGAUGGGCUCCUCUUCACGCACACAGCGGGACACUACUGCAGCUGAGAGAAGGGACUGUUUCAAAAGAAGGCAGCAGCACUUUCUCCCACACACACACACACACACACACAGACACACGCACACACACGCAGAUGCAGAUGCAGUUAAGCACACAGUCACACGCUAAAAUAACCGCUACGGCUCGAUUAGCAGUGGGUUGCCUGUGAAAGAAAACAGGAGGCACUUUAAGUUCUGUUUUAGUUGUUCAUUUGCAGCGUCGUCCUACUUUUCCACAGUAUUAAUGUAAAUCAAAGUCUGUCCUGCAACCUGACGCCUGACUCCUCUGGGCAGGCGUCACAUGAUCCUGAAAGCGAGGCGACUUCUGCGUCUUGGCGCUGUUUCACCAGCCUCGUGAUCUGAAACACUCACCUCAGUGACAGGGUGUCGCCAAAAGAGAGUGCUUGUUACCUUCUAGAAAAAAAUGCUGUCCCUCUUUAUUUGGUAAAAGAAAAAAAACAUGUUUUACCUCCUCCCCCUUGUUAAGUUUGAAUAAAUUGAUAACUGCCUGCGGUUACAUUCCAGGUAAUCUCUGCCACUGAUCCACUUUCUCCGGUUAUCAUAGCAUCACGUGCUUCUUCUUUGUCUUUGAUGUUUCUAACUAAGCAAAAAAAUAAACUGGAAAAAAGGGAUCCACGUUUGAUUGCAAAAGUGAUGUUUGGAUCUAAGGCAGGUGGCUUUAUAGAUCUAAAUAGUUCUCCCAGUUCUUUGUAAGAAGCCCUUUGUCACCUGUUGGUUUGAACUUUGUCUCGUCUUUCUAAUAUCUGACACGAGUAAUUACUUUGAAGUAGUUUAUUAGUGGCACCCUUCUUUACGAUCUCAACAUCAGCAUGCUUCCUGGUCAAAGAUAUCUGUCCGCUUCUGCUUCUUUUCUGGUUUUAAAUAAAUUAGAAAUUAGUCUUGAUUAAUUCCAUAGUGGCGGGUAGGGUGUUUCACAGUGAAAUCAGUGUUAACGUCUAUUCCUUCUAACAUAUCAGGACAGGGGAGUUGCAGGUCACGCUGCUUGAUUAAAAUAAAAUAUCCCGCCUUACAGUAACUAACCAUGGGAAAAAAGAGAUUAACUAUUUAAAUAAAUAUUUUGUAAAUCUGUUCUUCAACUAAAUAUUUUAUGAUAUUGUAACGAGUUAUUUUAAAACCGUGUAUUUUUAUUGUACCAUGAGAUAUGACGUUUGGCAUCUUUCCAUUUACUAUUUAUUACUAUUUAAGUUACCUUUAACUGUGAAUGGGUUCUCACCUUCUGGACUAAGCUACGAAGCCAAAAACGACUACUGCUGAAAGAUCACCUCUCUUUAAAGGACUCGUUUGACAUUUUGGAGAAGGUGUUUGCUUUCUUGUUGACGGGUGCACAUUUUGUUUUUGUUUUUUUGUUGUUGCUUUUCCCCCCUUUAUUGGCACAUUUGAUAUAUUGGCACCAAAAUGUAGUUAUUGUCUGUAAUCCUCUGCUUAAAAACAAAACAAAAAUGCUACAUUGAAUCAGCAAAAAUUAUGAAGUUAGCUGCAACAUUUACUGUAGUUAUAUUCAUUUUGUGCUGCAUAAAUACAUGCAAAAAGAAUUAAACCUAAAAGACUUUUUAAUAAAGACUUUUUGGCUUCCUUAACACAGGUGUUGCAGCUCAUAAUGGUGUUGCUCAUCUUAACUGCUUCCUGGGUACGUCAGUUUAUUUGAAUAAACUUGUACACUGAUUAUGUUUUAAAAAUGUGAAACAGUUGUCGUCAAGCUGCAAAAAAAAAUGUAGUAAAAAGUACAUUUAUCUUGAAAUUUCGAGGCCUUGAAGUAGCAAAAAACGGUUGAGCUGUUGGGAAAUGCACUUAUGUGGUACCCACCACACUCUGCUAUCAGGUCAGCCCCUUUCUGCACAUGUGUGGUUAAUUAUAAGAGAAGCAAGUGGCCGAUAGCCUACCUCAGCAUCAGACUAGAAGCAGGGUAAAGGUCUUGGUUUAAAAAAGAAACUUCCUACCGAAACUUAAAAAAAAAAAUCUGAAUUCUAGCACAGGGUGUUGCACAGAAUAAACAUAUGUUAAUAAGUGUCAGGCACUGUUUCCACGCCUUGAGAUUCGAUUCUGGGGAGGUGAAGUCUGUUUUCCUCUGUCAUCGUGAAUUUCUCCUGAUCAUAACCUCAACAUGUUCCCAUCCGUAACCCCAGCCGGUCGUCCUCUAGCCGUCCACCUGCCUGGCUCCUGGCUCUAACGGUCUUCUCAUCUGGCUUUAAGUCGGCAAGAAAGCAGAUGGUGGAUUUCCCAAAAUGUCAAACUGUCCUUUUCAAUUUGUCCUUGCAGGUUUGGGCUCCAGUGAGGUCAGGGCCCGUAACCUGUAAUCUCCUUUAGCUUCGAGGGCAUCCCUGAUCCUUCUUUAAAAGGUUCGAAUUGAAAAACACGAUGCCUCCUAAUAGGUGAUCCCUGGAUUGUCUUUUCAGGUGUAGUGUAUUAAGCAGCUCAAACAUAAUGUUAAUGCCUGAGAGCUAAUAUUACUGUCACAGCUAGUCUGCAGCAUAAAUUACUCACUCCGAUGCCGACGUCCACGUGUACAGAUUUGUCGAGCCUUUGUAAAGCACAAGGAAGACGCUGGGAUUUUCUUUGUAAAGAUGCUUUCAUAAGUAGUUUGAUAUAACAUCAAUGAUGUUUCUGUUCAUUUGUGCUUCUAAACCAACCAACUCCAUGAGUGUGUUUUAAUGACUUACAUCAGGUUCAGAGUCUAGGUAUGGCUUCAUGUCUGUUGUCAUAUGGAUGGUAUGACACUGUAAAAUAAAGUGACUGGAAAAUGUUUAUUUCUUUUAACAUAAAAUUUAACUUUGGAAUGUAACAAA